GCGGGCCCGCGGCCCCCUUGCAGCGCCUCGUCCCGGCCGGAGUGGAGGCGGACCUGAGCCAGCUGAGCGAGGAGGAGAGGAGGCAGAUCGCCGCUGUCAUGUCAAGGGCGCAGGGGCUGCCCAGGGGGAACCUCGCCGGCGCGGAGCCGCCUCCCAUGCAAAGACAUCCUGAUCCUGAUAUAAGCCACUAUCCCAGGCAACCAGGUAAGCCUCCAGAUCCGGGACCAUCUGGUUUAAGUAAAAGCAGAACAGUAGAUGUACUGAAGACAGAACAACGGGCACCUGGUCGGAGCCCUUCUUCUAUUAGUCUAAGGGAAUCAAAGUCCAGGACUGAUUUUAAAGAAGAUCAGAAGCCAAGUAUGAUGCCCAGUUUUCUCUCAGAAGCCAAUCCAUUGAGUGCAGUCACUUCAGUUGUGAACAAAUUCAAUCCUUUUGAUUUGAUAUCAGAUUCAGAUGCGGCCCAAGAAGAAGCCGGUAGGAAACAAAAAGUUGCUCAGAAAGAGCAGGGAAAACUUGAGGAGCAAAGGGGCCUUGCAAAACGUCCAACUCAACAACAACCUCCAAAGCCAGUUGUUCAGCAACAAGGAACUGUCAAACCUACUCUGCAGCAAACCGAGUCUUCCAAACCAGUGCCUCAGCAGCAGCAACCUGGGGAACCAAAGCAAAUUCAGAAAACAGGCCCUGGUCACCCAACAGAUUCUAAGGCAGAACAAACAAAACAGCCCCCCCAGCCACGAGGACCACAAAAAUCUCAGUCCCAACAAUCGGAACCAACAAAGCCUGCUCAGCAACAAGCUUCUGCAAAACCUCCACCAGGUGUAACAAAAUCAAUACCACAGCAACCAGAUAUUGCUAGAGUAUCAUCCCAAGCACCACUUCCCACAAAACCAUCAUCACAGCAGCCAGGACCUGUAAAACAACUGUCUCAACAGCCAGCACAGCAAGUAGGUCCUGCAAAGCCAUCCUCUCAGCAAACAGGGCCUCCCAAACAACCUCCCCAGCAACCUGGACCUGAAAAGCCAUCUGCUCCGCAAAUGGGACCUGCCAAACAACCAUCACAGCUUGGACCUGGCAAGCCACUUCUGCAGCAAACAGGGCCUGUAAAACAAGUGCCACUGCAGACAGGGCCUACAAAACCGUCUUCUCAGGCUGCGGGGGCUACAAAGCUCCCAGCACAGCAACUGGGACCUACAAAGCCACCAGGCCAGCAACCAGGGCCUGAAAAACCCUCGCAGCAAAAGCAAGCCACUGCAGCCCAACAUGCUGAAUCAGCCCCAAAGAAAACCUUCUGUCCUCUUUGCACUACCACUGAACUGCUGCUGCACGCUCCGGAAAAGGCCAAUUACAAUACGUGCACACAAUGUCAUACUAUAGUCUGCAGUCUGUGUGGAUUUAAUCCUAAUCCUCAUAUAACAGAGAUUAAAGAAUGGCUCUGUUUAAACUGCCAGAUGCAAAGAGCAUUAGGUGGUGACCUAGCACCUGUUCAGGGGCCUGGGCCACAGCCACUACCACCCAAACAGAAGACACCCAUUCCACCUUCAGCAGCUAAACCAUCCCCCCCGCUGCAGCCGGUUCAAAAGAAAGAUGCUUCUCCAAAACCUGAUCCUUCUCAGCCAGCAGAAUCUAAAAAGCCCCUACCACAGAAAAAGCAACCAUCCAUGUCUGGGUCUCCCCCUGUAAAAUCAAAACAACCCCGUGCUGAGCCUACUGAGAUCUCCCAGGAAAAGGAUCCUGCAAAGUCUGAUCAGGCUAAGCCAACAGAGGUUGAAGAUAAGCAAAAACAACCCAGUAUACAGAAGCCUGCGACUGAUACUGUGCCUACCUCUGCAGCACCAGGGCCGAAACAGGAUUCAGCAGGUUCCAGACCUCCAUCAGCUCAACAGAAAGUGGCAGACUCCCAAAAACCAGAACUUGCCAAGCCAUCACAAGAUGCUCAUCUGGCUGGGGAUAAACCAGUUUCCAAACCGCUACCGCAAGUGUCUCGACAAAAAUCGGAUCCCAAGCUUGUUUCUCAUCCUGGGCCUAGAUCAGAUGCUAAAACACAAAGACCUGUUGAGCCAACACAAAUGAAAGAGGAUUCUAAGAAAUUACAAACAAAACCAACUCCAAAGCCUGAUACCAAACCAGUUCCAAAAGGACCACAAGCAGGGGCAGGCCCCAAGCCUGUGCCAGCACAGCUGACACCUCAACCCCAACAGCCUCAGAAAACUCCAGAGCAACCAAGGCGUUUCAGCCUUAAUCUAGGAGGUAUCACCGAUGCCCCUAAGCCUCAGCCUACAACACCACAAGAAACAGUUACUGGGAAACUUUUUGGUUUUGGAGCUUCAAUCUUUAGCCAGGCCUCAAAUUUAAUUUCCACAGCAGGUCAGCCAGGGCCUCAGACAUCAGGUCCUCCUCCACCCAGCCCUGCUGUGAAGCAACCCCAACCCCCAUCACAGCUACCUGCCUCCCAGGCACCCCCCAAAGAGGCCAGUCAGACUCAGCCUCUUCCAAAAUCUCUUCCUGUAAAGAAAGAAGCCAAGCCUCUUAUGACAGAAAAAUCGGAGCCAACAAAAGUGGAUAGCGUUUUAACUACUAAGGGAUCUGAUUUAGAAAAGAAACCUAGUCUGGCUAAAGAUAGCAAGCCUCAGGCUGCUGAAGCUAAAAAACCUGCUGGGCUAUCAGAGCCGGAAAAGGCCAGCCAACCAGAAGUAUCUUGUCCCCUUUGUAAAACUGGACUAAAUAUUGGUUCUAAGGAUCCUCCUAACUUUAAUACAUGUACAGAAUGCAAGAAGGUAGUGUGCAAUCUCUGUGGAUUUAACCCGAUGCCCCACAUAGCUGAGGUACAGGAAUGGCUGUGCUUGAACUGCCAGACCCAAAGGGCAAUAUCAGGACAACUUGGGGAUAUGGGCAAGAUGCCACUUCCGAAACCAGUCCCUUCACAACCGGUAUCCAAACCACCUGUCCCUCCUCAAAAACAGCCUACACCUACUGUCUCACAUUCCCCUCAGAAGACUUCCACACCAUCCACUCAAACAGCAGAAAAAUCGAAAGAAGAACCAGGCAUUCAGAAGGAAGUUCCAAAACUUCAACAGGGAAGAUUGGAAAAAACAUCGUCACCUGAUAAAAUCCAACAAGGAAUCCAAAAAGAAGAUCCAAAGUUUAAGCAGGGCAAACUUGCCAAGAUACCCUCAGCUGAUAAACUCCAGCGUGUCUCUCAAAAGGAAGACCCAAGAUUGCAGCAGGCAAAACUGACAAAGACACCCUCAUCUGAUAAAAUUUUACAUGGAGUUCAGAAGGAAGAUGCAAAAUUUCAAGAGGCAAAACUGGCAAAGACAUCUUCAGCUGAUAAAAUUUUGCAUGGAGUUCAGAAGGAAGACAUAAAACUUCAAGAGGCAAAAUUGACAAAGAUACCCUCAGCUGACAAAAUUUUACAUGGUAUUCAGAAAGAAGACCCAAAACUUCAACAGAUGAAAAUGUCAAAGGCACUGUCAGAUGACAAAACCCAACCUGCGGUUCAAAAGGAAGAUGCACAACAGGUGAAAUUGUUAAAGGCAGUUUCAGCUGAUAAAAUCCAACGUGGAAUUCAGAAAGAAGAUCCAAGAUUUCAAGAUGAGAAAACAGCGAAGACUUCUUCAGCUGACAAAAUCCAGCAUGAAAUCCAGAAAGAAGAAUCAAAACUUCAGCAAGGAAAACUGUCAAAGACACUUUCAGGAGAUAAAAUUCCUACAACAGUAGGUUCAGAUCAAAAGAAACCCAUAAGCAAAUUGGAAGAAGAUAAAAAAUCUGUGCUCCUGGAAAAGAAAGCACCACAUCCAGAGGACCAAAAAGAGCACAUUACAGCCAAGUCUAAAGACCAAGUUGCUGAACAGAAAGCAGAAGUUAAAGCACCCCCUAAGGAACUGCAAGCUAAGAAACAAGAGGAUGAUAAGAAAGAGGAUAUGACAACUGGAAUUCCACAAAUGGUUUCAAAAACUGAAAAAGCUCAGAAAGAAGAAAUCGCUGCUCAAACAGCACCUUCGCCAAGAUCUGACCUUGUAGAAACAGUGAAAGAAAAAACGGAAAAGGAGGAUGAGAAAUCAGACACAUCAAGCUCUCAGCAACAGAAAAGUCCACAAGGUCUGAGUGACACCGGGUAUUCUUCCGAUGGGAUAUCAAGUUCACUUGGUGAAAUUCCAAGUCAUAUUCCCAGUGAUGAAAAGGAUUUAGUCAGAGAACCUAGUAAAAAAGACACUAUCCCACAAGAAAGUCCACCAAGCCCCUCAGAUCUAGCUAAGUUGGAAAGUACUGUCCUGUCUAUUUUGGAGGCUCAGGCAAGUACACUUGCUGAGGAAAAAUCUAUGAAAAACAAGGAACUUUAUGAAACAUAUGAUGAACAGACAAAGGAUCAAUAUAAAACAAAGCCUUUGCCAAUUACUCCGGAGUCUUGUAGUUCAGAUGAGGAAGACAUAGAAGGCAUUCAAGAUGAAGAACCUAUUGUAGAAGAUGGCAAAGAAAGUACUUCCUCACGGAAAGAAUACAAAGAAAAAGAUGGCGAUGACACAUCGUCCAGAAGACAACGCUAUGAUUCUGUGGAAGACAGCAGUGAGAGUGAAAACUCACCUGUCCCAAGGAGAAAAAGAAGAGCUAGCGUUGGUUCUUCAAGCAGUGAUGAGUACAAACGAGAUGACAGUCAGGGGUCAGGUGAUGAGGAAGACUUCAUUAGAAAACAGAUUAUAGAGAUGAGUGCUGAUGAAGAUGCCUCAGCUUCUGAAGAUGAUGAAUUUAUUAGGAGUCAGCUCAAAGAGAUCAGUGUUACUGAAAGCCAGAAGAAAGAAGAACUGAAAAGCAAAGCCAAAGGAACAGCUGGAAAACAUAGGAGAAUGACACGGAAAAGUAGUGCAAGCUAUGACGAGGAUGCAGGAAGACGACAUUCAUGGCAUGACGAUGAUGAUGAGACUUUUGAUGAAAGCCCAGAACCAAAAUACAGAGAAACUAAAAGUCAAGACAGUGAAGAACUUGCUAUAACUGGAGGAGGAGGCCUUCGGCGUUUCAAAACAAUAGAAUUAAAUAGUACAAUAACAAACAAAUAUUCUGAGACAUCUGAACAACAGAAGGGUAUUUUAUAUUUUGAUGAAGAGCCAGAGCUAGAGAUGGAGAGUCUUACAGAUUCACCAGAAGAUAGAUCUAGAGGAGAAGGAUCUUCUAGUUUACAUGCUUCUAGUUUCACACCAGGUACAUCUCCUACUUCAGUGUCGUCCCUCGAUGAAGAUAGUGACAGCAGUCCUAGUCACAAGAAACUGGGAGGAGAGAGCAAACAACAGCGCAAAGCCAGGCAUCGGUCACAUGGUCCUCUUCUUCCAACUAUUGAAGAUUCUUCAGAAGAAGAAGAGCUGCGGGAAGAGGAGGAGCUGCUAAAGGAGCAGGAGAAGCAACGUGAGUUAGAACAGCAACAGAGAAAAAGUUCUAGCAAAAAAUCUAAAAAAGACAAGGAUGAACUAAGAGCUCAGAGAAGAAGGGAACGUCCAAAGACUCCUCCAAGUAAUCUUUCUCCCAUUGAAGAUGCAUCUCCAACGGAAGAAUUACGACAAGCAGCAGAAAUGGAAGAACUACACAGGUCUUCCUGUUCUGAAUAUUCACCUAGUAUUGAAUCAGAUCCUGAAGGAUUUGAAAUCAGUCCAGAAAAAAUAAUAGAAGUGCAAAAAGUUUACAAAUUGCCUACUGCUGUCUCUUUAUACUCUCCAACAGAUGAACAAACUAUUGGAAUCUCAAAAGAAGAAAGUGGUCAAAAGACAUUAAAAAGUGCUGAAGAGGUGUAUGAGGAGAUGAUGCACAAGACCCACAAGUCCAAGCCAUUUCAAGUGGCAAAUGAAAAAGAUGAAGUAUUUGAAAAAGAAUCUUUGUAUGGUGGAAUGCUAAUAGAGGAUUAUAUUUAUGAAUCUUUAGUAGAGGAUACUUACAAUGGAACUAUUGAUACUAAUCUUGUAAUGAGACAGGAUGAGAGUAAUGAAUAUAUACAGCCGAGAGGAAAAGAGAAAAGAAUAAGAACUUCAGAUCAGAUUUAUGAAGAACCGCAGAAAAGUACUGAUCUACAGAAAGACUACUAUAGUAUAGAGCCUUUACAUUCAAUUGUGCCUCAAGAAGAUAUUGUUUCUAGUUCUUACAUAAUCCCAGAAAGUCAUGAAAUAGUUGUAUUAGACAAUGUGGUAACUUCAACCACUGAGGAAAAGCAGUUGUUAGAUGCGGAAGCUGCUUAUGAAGAGCUUAUGAAACGACAGAGAAUGCAGCUAACCCCCGGGUCCAGCCCAACUCAGCCAGCUUCAGGUUUCAUUCCUACAUCUGAUACAAAGGUAUCUACUGGUGGAGAAAUUGUGGAUAGUACAUCUUUAACGUCAAGUACUACUUCAGCAAUCUCAGAUGUGUCAUCUGCCAGUAGUGCAGCACUUUCUAUUCCAGAUGUUAAAAUAACACAGCAUUUUACAACAGAGGAAAUAGAAGAUGAAUACUUAACAGAUUAUGCCAGAGAAAUUCAAGAAAUAAUUUCUCAUGAAACAUCAAUGUUGACAUACUCUGAGGCAUCAGAAGUUGCUGCAUCAGUUUUACCUUCUGAUGCAGCUUCCUUAACAUCGUCUACAUCUUCAGUUUGUACUACAGAUAGCUCAUCACCUAUAGAUAGUGCAACCACAGGUUCUAUAGAUAUGGCAGAUGCUGUAAGUAAGCUAGCAGAUUCUGAAGAUGUCAGGAUGAUAACCCAAGUUCCCUUAACAUCUACAAAAGAGUAUUCUGAAGUGAGCAUACCUUACACCUCUGUUGCCAGAGCCACUAAAAAGCCAGCUGUAGCAUCAGAUACAAAGAGUGUGGAUCAAGCUGUAAUUUCUUUGCCUGAAACUGCACCUUUGGUAGCAACUACAGUUAUAAAACCCAAGCAAUAUGCAACUGAUGUCACUGCCUCUGGUACCUCCAAAGCAGAAAAGGAUGCAGCUAGAAAGAUUAAAAGUACAGUAGAGGCUGGCAUUAUCAAAAUUGAUCGUGAAGAUUCACGCAAAGAAUUGGGUCAUGAUAUGGCAAGGAUUAACUUGACUGGUGCUACAUCCGAGCAACCACCCGUAUGUAUAACAUCAGUUUCAGUUACAGAGCCUGCAUCAGCAACAUCUUCUGUACUUACUCCCAGUGUUGUAAGUCAGACCACCCUGAUCUCUGUGCCUUCCUCAGCUCCCGCUGUAACAUCCAAAGUAUUCUCACUUUUCAGAAGUUCUUCUUUGGAAUCUCCUGCACAGCCUUCUCCACCUCCACCUCCUCCUCCACCUCCACCUCCUCCCCCACCAUUGCCUCCACCUAUUUUACCUAAGCCAGCUAUUUAUCCCAAAAAGAAGCCACAGGUUAAGACUCCAGUGACAACAGCCCCCACAGUGGUACCUUCAGUCACAAGUGUUACAACAGUAGAACCCGCAGCUAUUUUAAAGAAUCAUGUGGUACCUGUCACAAAAACAUAUACCUCAACACCACCUCCUGUACCACCCAAGCCAUGCUCCAUUCCAGCAGGGCUUGUUUUCAGUCACAGGCCGACUGAAGUAACUAAACCUCCAAUUGCUCCUAAACCAGCAGUUCCUCCUCUCCCAAUAGCAGUUCAUAAGCCAGCAGAAACACAACCCAAACCAAUAGGUGUGUCAUUGACUUCAAGUAUGACUCUGAAUUUAGUCUCUUCAGCUGAAUGCAAAUUAACAUCCCCCACUUCCCCUUUGUCUCCACAUUCUAACAAGUCUUCACCAAGGUUGACGAAACCCUCACAGGAAACCUAUGUUGUCAUCACAUUGCCUUCUGAGCCUGGAACUCCCACAGAAACUAUAACUAGUCAGGCUGUUACCGGUUGGCCUUUAGAAGCACCUUCUAAAGAACAGAUUCCCCAACCUAUGCAACCAUUGUUUACUCCAUCUAUGAAAGCUAUGGAAAUUCACAGUAUGACGGAUGAGAGUAUGUAUAUUUCAGGUGCCCUGCCAACUGUUCCUGUCACAAUGCAAUCAACUUUUGAAAAAGUACCUAGUUCAAAAACAGAAGUAAUAACAACAGAGCUAACCAGGACCACAGUGUCUGUAGUUAAGGGCCACGUGCCCAGUGUUGGUUUAGGUAGUGUCUCUAUUACUAUACCUCCAGAGCCAGUACAUCUAGUAGAUCAACCCAGGUACAGAGAGAAUGGAAGAUUCCAUCCUUUCGGUGAUGUCAUUGAUCUUCGCACUUUAAGUAAGAUGGAUAUCGGAAUGCGAGACAGCUGUGUGGAUCUGUCUGCUGUUUCGAUGGAUGUGAGAAGGCAAAUGCCAGCAAGUGACACAUGUGGGCGGCCAGUGAGUACCGUCCAACCAGCUAUAAUAAAUCUCAGCACUGCAUGUGUUGCAGACCCUUCUCUCUCUGUAGUCACUGAAACAGUAACUGUAAUGACCUGCACUGCCACUGUAAGCUACUCUGCUAGUACAGAGAGCCUUGUGGAUCUGGGACAUGCUAUGACAACUCCACUGCAGCUAACAACAUCAAAACAUUUUGAGCCUGCAUACAGAGUAACAGGCAGCCAGGCUUUCUCCAUAGGUAAAGAUGAAGUGCCAAUAAAUUUAUCCUUAGGUUCUUCCACACAUGCAGUGACAUGGGCUACUACAAAGCCUGUUACGGUACCUCCUGUUGGUGUUACAAAUGGUUGGACUGAACUCUCCACUUCUCAGGAGCCAAUGGAGAGUGGAGCAGUUGACCUUAGCACUACAAAAUCCCACAGAACAGUGGUAACAAUGGAUGACACUACUUCAGGCGUCAUGACUACAGUUAUAGAAGAUGAUGAGAAGCCUGUUGAUCUGACUGCAGGAAGAAGAGCUGUUUGUUGUGAUAUGGUUUAUAAAUUGCCAUUUGGUAGGAGCUGUACAGCACAGCAACCUCCAGCUACGCUUCCUGAAGAUCGUUUUGGUUACAGAGAUGACCACUAUCAGUAUGAUCGUUCGGGGUCUUACGGUUACCGAGGAAUAGGAGGUAUGAAACCAUCUAUGUCUGACACAAAUUUAUCCGAAGCUGGACUAUUUGCAUACAAAAGCAAGAAUAGCUUUGAUUAUCGAGUUGGAGCAACUGACGCAGCAGUAGAUCUUACUUCUGGAAGAGUUACUACAGGUGAGGUUAUGGAUUACUCAAGCAAGACCACUGGUCCUUAUCCAGAGACUCGACAGGUGAUUUCUGGCGUCGGGAUCAGUACACCACAGUAUUCCCAAGCAAGAAUGGUAUCAUCUUUGGGUUCCCCUUACGGCGUUGGAAGUGUUUUAAGAUCAUCCAAUGGUGUUGUUUAUUCUUCAGUAGCGACUCCAGUCCCAUCCACGUUUGCCAUCACUACACAGCCUGGUUCUAUUUUCAGUACAACUGUCAGAGAUUUAUCUACUCUCCAAACAAUUGACUCAGUGCCCUCAUUAUCAACUUUGCAACAGAGUCAGCCACUCCCAAGGUCAUACAGUUUCUUGACAACAGUCGCAGCUGAAAAAGACAGUGCAAUUACUGCCAUGGAUAUUGAGACAGUGUUGCCACCUCUUAGUAUAGAAACGAUUACCACUGAGCCCGCCAACUUGAUACCUGCUUUAACUACAGCAUCUGAAGUUUAUACAAAUGUAAUUGAAGGUGAAGUUGCACUUCUUAUUGCCCCUGAAGAAGGCAAACAGCAGCAACUGGAUUUGGAGCGUGAACUUCUUGAGCUUGAGAAACUUAAGCAGCAGCGCUUUGCUGAAGAGCUGGAGUGGGAACGUCAGGAAAUUCAGAGGUUUAGGGAACAAGAAAAGUUUAUGGUACAAAAAAAGCUUGAGGAGUUGCAGUCCAUGAAACACCAUCUCUUGUUUCAGCAAGAAGAGGAGCGGCAAGCUCAGUUAAUGAUGAGGCAAGAAACAUUAGCCCAGCAGCAACUGCAGCUUGAACAAUUUCAACAGCUUCAGCAACAGCUCCACCAACAGUUAGAGGAGCAAAAAAUUCGUCAAAUGUAUCAGUAUGGCUAUGACCCUUCAGGACCUGGCUCUCCACAAACUACCACAGAUCAAGCACUUCUGGAAGGACAGUAUGCAACAACAGAAAAUGGCCAGUUUUGGCCUACUGAUGAUGCAACCACUACAUCUUCAGCAGUGCUGGGUAUUGAAAUUCCACAAAGCCAAGCAUGGUAUACAGUGCAGUCUGAUGGUGUUACCCAAUACAUACCUAGGCCUGGUAUCCUAAGCUCCGUUUCAGAAAUGUCACUUAAAGAUAUUGAUGUCAGAGAGGAGAAGCACCUGAAAAAGAGAAGUUCUAUGCCAAAAUUACGUGGUCAAUAUGAGGAGCUUGAGGAGACUCUAGAGGAAGAGCCCAGGUGCUUCAAAAAGAUAGUAGACAGUGGAGUGCAAACUGAUGAUGAAGAUGGGGCAGACAGAGGUUACACAAAUAGGAGACGGAGAACUAAGAAGAGUGUUGAUACAAGUGUUCAGACAGAUGAUGAAGAUCAAGAUGAAUGGGAUCUUUCUAGCAGAUCCCGAAGAAAGCCUCGCGUAGGGAAAUACAGUGAGAGUACGGCUGAGGUAGACAAAACUAAACAAUUCUCCAAAGUAUCUAGCAUUGCAGUUCAGACAGUGGCAGAGAUUUCUGUACAAACAGAACCAGUAGGGACAAUAAAAACACCUUCAGUCAGGGCUCGGUUGGAUGCAAAGGUUGAAAUCAUAAAGCACAUUUCAGCUCCAGAAAAGACAUACAAAGGAGAAAGUUUGGGAUGUCAAACAGAGACAGAGUCAGACACACAAAGUCCCCAAUAUCUGUCAGCUUCAUCUCCUCAGAAAGAUAAAAAACGCCCAACACCAUUAGAAAUAGGAUACUCAUCCCACCUUCGCCCAGACUCCGCAUUGCAGGUAGUCCCUUCCCCUCCCAAAUCUCCCAAAGUUCUCUAUUCACCCAUUUCACCCGUUUCACCAAGCAAAGUAAUAGAGUCAGCAUUUGUACCCUAUGAAAAACCCAUCACUGAUGACAUCAGCCCUCAGAAGAUGCUGCAUGCUGACAUUACCAAGGUUCCUCCAUCAAGCCCAAAGGCAGCAAAGAUGAUGCAACGCUCUUUGUCUGAUCCUAAGCCCCUGAGUCCCACAGCAGAAGACAGUUCCAGAGCUCAGUUUCAGUACACUGAGGGUUUCAUGACAAAAAGUUCUUCAAGCAUAACUCCGUCAGGCACUCAGAAGAAGGUGAAGAGGACUCUGCCCAACCCACCUCCAGAGGAAGCAACAGCAGGAACUCAGUCGCCCUAUACCUCUGUGGGGUCAGUUUCACGCAGAAGGAUUUGUCGGACCAACACUAUGGCCAGAGCCAAAAUUCUUCAAGAUAUAGACAGGGAACUGGAUUUGGUCGAACGGGAAUCAGCCAAGCUUAGGAAGAAGCAAGCAGAGCUAGAUGAGGAGGAAAAAGAAAUAGAUGCCAAACUGAGAUACUUGGAAAUGGGCAUCAAUAGGAGGAAAGAAGCCUUAUUAAAAGAAAGAGAAAAGAGAGAGCGUGCCUAUCUCCAAGGGGUAGCAGAAGAACGUGACUAUAUGUCAGACAGUGAAGUUAAUAAUGCCAGAUCAACCAGAAUAGAAACUCAGCAUGGUUUGGAAAGACCACGUACUGCACCCCAAACAGAAUUUAAUCAAUUUAUGCCACCACAAACCCAGCCAGAAACACAGUUUGCCCCUGCUACAAGUCCAUAUACUCAGUAUCAGUAUUCAUCUCCUGCCCUGCCUACUCAAGCACCAACUCAGUUUACACAACAAUCCCAUUACCAACAACAACAGCCUUUAUAUCACCAGCAGGUUUCACCUUAUCAAACUCAGACAGCUUUCCAAACAGGAGCUACUAUGUCGUUUACUCCACAGGCUCAACCUCCACCAACUCAACAGCCAUCAUAUCAACUCCCAUCACAGAUGAUGGUGAUACAGCCAAAGCCAAGGCAAACUACGUUAUAUUUGGAGCCUAAGAUAACCACAAACUAUGAUGUGAUUCGAAAUCAGCCUCUCAUGAUAGCUCCAGUUUCAACUGACAAUAAUUAUGCAGUUUCCCAGCUGGGCAGUAAAUACACUACCUUGGACUUACGGAUGGGACUAGAUGAAAGAAACAGCAUGGCAAGCAGUCCAAUAUCAAGCAUAUCUGCAGAUUCAUUCUAUGCAGAUAUAGACCACCACCAUACACCACGAAAUUAUGUACUGAUUGAUGAUAUAGGAGAACUUACUAAAGGAACAGGAGCGCUCGGUUCCACUUUUAGUCUCCAUGAAAAAGAUCUGACCAAAACAGAUCGACUGCUUCGCACGACAGAGGCCAGGAGAGCACAAGAAGUGUCAGACUUCCUAGCACCACUGCAGACUUCUUCUAGAUUACAUUCCUAUGUUAAAGCUGAUGAAGACCCAAUGGAGGACCCUUAUGAGCUCAAACUUCUCAAACAUCAGAUAAAGCAAGAGUUUCGUAGAGGUGCAGAAAGUCUUGAUCACCUUGCUGGCCUGUCACAGUAUUACCAUGCAGAUAGCAGCUACAGGCAUUUUCCCAAAUCUGAGAAAUAUAGCAUAGGUAGGCUUACCCUAGAGAAACAGGCUGCUAAGCAGCUCCCAGCAGCCCUCCUUUACCAGAAGCAGUCAAAGCACAAGAAAGCUUUGAUAGACCCCAAACUAACUAAGUUUUCACCUAUCCAAGAAAGCAGAGACCUUGAGCCUGAUUAUUCAAGCUAUAUGACUUCUAGCACUUCAUCACUUGGUGGAAUUACUACUAGGGCAAGGCUUCUUCAGGAUGAUAUCACUUUUGGCCUUAGAAAAAAUAUCACCGACCAACAGAAAUACAUGGGGCCAACACUGACUUCAUCCAUUGGAGCAAGCCUUGGGACUGCCCUGGGUCCAACAAUGAGAUCCACAUUGCAAGAUGAAGCUGAUAAGUCUUAUAGCAGUGGUAGUAGAUCUAGGCCCUCAUCCAGACCAUCCUCAGUUUAUGGACUUGAUUUAUCAUUAAAAAGGGAUUCUUCCAGCUCUUCUUUAAGACUGAAAGCCCAAGAAGCUGAACCCUUAGAUGUUUCCUUUAGUCAUGCAGCACCUUCUGGAAGAACUAAACCUACCAGUCUACCUAUUAGCCAAAGCAGGGGAAGGAUCCCGAUAGUAGCACAGAACUCGGAGGAAGAGAGCCCACUAAGUCCCGUUGGUCAGCCAAUGGGAAUGGCAAGAGCAGCGGCUGGACCCUUGCCACCAAUAUCUGCAGAUACCAGGGACCAGUUUGGAUCAAGCCAUUCAUUACCAGAGGUCCAGCAACAUAUGAGGGAAGAGUCACGGACUCGAGGCUAUGAUCGAGAUAUAGCCUUCAUCAUGGAUGACUUCCAGCAUGCCAUGUCAGACAGUGAAGCGUAUCACCUCCGUCGUGAAGAAACAGAUUGGUUUGACAAGCCCAGGGAUUCUCGUUUGGAGAAUGGACACGGCCUCGACAGAAAGCUGCCAGAGAAGUUAUCCCACUCUCGGCCGCCAAGUCAACACCAAGACCAAAUAAAUGGGAAGCCUCUGCAGUACAUUUUUCCUCAUGCAAGGCUGAAACUACUGAGAGAUCCAAAGGAUCACACAGUUUCAGGCAACGGACUGGGAAUCCGAGUUGUAGGUGGGAAAGAAAUCCCAGGAAGUAGUGGGGAAAUUGGAGCUUACAUUGCCAAGAUCUUGCCUGGGGGAAAUGCAGAGCAGACGGGAAAACUGAUAGAAGGAAUGCAGGUGCUGGAAUGGAAUAGCAUCCCGUUGACUGGAAAAACUUAUGAAGAAGUCCAAAGUAUUAUUCAACAGAGUGGGGAAGCAGAAAUAUGUGUAAGACUGGAUCUCAACAUGCUUUCAGAUUCUGAGAAUCCCCAGCACCUGGAAUUGCAUGACCCAGUAAAGGCAGUAGAUAAAGCGAAGUCCCCAGGGGUUGAUCCUAAGCAGCUGGCUGCAGAGCUCCAAAAGGUUUCUCUACAGCAGGCCCCUUUGGUUGCUUCCUCAGGAGUGGAAAAGGGAUCUCAUGUUCACUCUGGAACCACUUCAGCCGCCUCCAGUGCUGUUCCUAGUCCUGGUCAGCCUGGCUCUCCCUCGGUGAGCAAAAAGCGACAUAGCAGUAAGCCCACUGAAGCUAUAAAGUCUGCUUCCCAUCCAAUCACUGGAGAAAUUCAGCUUCAAAUCACCUAUGACAAACACCUUGGCAAUCUUAUCAUCCACAUCCUUCAGGCAAGAAACCUUGCUCCCAGAGACAACAAUGGCUAUUCUGACCCUUUUGUUAAAGUUUAUCUUCUGCCAGGGAGAGGACAAGUCAUGGUUGUCCAAAAUGCAAGUGCUGAGUACAAGCGGAGGACUAAAUACGUGCAGAAGAGCUUGAAUCCCGAGUGGAAUCAGACAGUCAUUUAUAAAAAUAUCUCCAUGGAGCAGCUGAAAAAGAAAACACUGGAGGUGACCGUCUGGGAUUAUGAUAGAUUCUCCUCGAAUGACUUUCUGGGUGAAGUAUUGAUUGAGUUAUCCAGCAUCCAGCUUGACAACACUCCUCGGUGGUACCCUCUGAAAGAGCAGAGUGAAAAUAUUGAUCAUGGGAAAACUCACUCUGGACAGAGUAGCCAGCAGUCUCCAAAACCAUCAGUCAUCAAGAGUAGAAGUCAUGGAAUCUUCCCGGAUCCAGCCAAGGACAUGCAGGUACCCACCAUAGAGAAAUCCCACAGCAGUCCAGGGAGCUCCAAAUCUUCCUCUGAAGGACAUCUACGCUCUCACGGGCCGUCCCGCAGCCAAAGCAAAACCAGUGUCACUCAAACCCACCUUGAAGACGCUGGGGCAGCCAUCGCCGCUGCUGAAGCAGCUGUCCAACAGCUUCGCCUUCAACCAACAGCACAUAAAAGCGGUCAGUCUAAUCAUGCCAGGAAGCAGCACAGACACAGCAUAGCAGGAGUCCUCCCUAUUCAAAGAACUCAGUCUGACAAUCUGCCUCCACCAGCCAAUGACAACAAAGACCAAAGCCAACUAGCCCUCAGGAAAGUGAUGUCUGAUGGACCAGUCAAGCCUGAAGGAGCAAGGUCUACUAAUCACCGACCCGCAGAAAGCUCUGUCUCAACUGGCUCGUCAGCCAGUAGUUUUGGCAGUGGAUACAGCAUGGAUAGUGAAGGCAGCAGCAGUACCGCAGGAGAGAAUAAUCUAUUUCCCAUCCCAAGAAUUGGGAAGAUGAGCCAGAAUGGACAAGAACCGAUAAAGCAGUCAGGAGUGGGAUUAACCGAUGCAGAAGGUAAAACACAGGUUAUGGGCGAAAUCAAGAUUGCAUUAAAGAAGGAAAUGAAGACAGAUGGAGAACAGCUGAUAGUAGAAAUCCUUCAGUGCAGAAAUAUUACAUACAAAUUUAAAUCUCCAGACCAUCUCCCAGACCUGUACGUGAAGCUCUAUGUUGUCAAUAUCUCUACCCAAAAGAGAGUAAUUAAGAAGAAAACCAGGGUAUGCAGGCAUGACCGAGAGCCUUCAUUCAACGAAACAUUUAGAUUUAGCUUGAGUCCUGCUGGGCAUUCUCUUCAGAUUCUGCUUGUCUCCAACGGAGGGAAGUUUAUGAAAAAGACACUGAUUGGGGAAGCUUAUAUCUGGCUUGACAAAGUGGAUCUAAGGAAAAGAAUAGUAAACUGGCACAAACUGUUGGUCAGCUCCACACAAACACAUUGAGCGGAGCGGUCUGCUUAGGGCACAAAACCUGCAGAGUCUGCUAUAAACAGCAUCACUCCAAGACUAUAGUUUGAUAUCAUUGUGUUUAGCUAGUCUUUCGAAUACAAAGUAGAAAAGAGCAGUCUCUGGGCUACAUAGCACACUUAAAUGAGGGCUAGUACACUUGUUUUGCUGCAAAAAGCAAAGUAAAAGAAAAACUGGGCCCAGAACUUAAAGUGAGGCUGUUUGAAAUGAAGACUGAUAUGAGGGCUCUGUCUUGGUGGACUCUGUCAAGAGAGUAACUGUGAAAGAAAUGAUGAAGGCUGGAAGGCAGGUAUUAAUGCAGAGUUCAGCUGCAGCUGGAAGUAGUGCGAUGGAAAGAGCAGUCUGGUUUUCUGUGCAACCAGAAGCAGAUCAUUUUAUGCAAAAGCGCCUAGGGUGACUGACUUUCCAAAUCUCACUUAUCAAAAGUGUAAAGCUUGUUCCUCUGCACCUUAGGAUCUCUGAUAAUUUGCUGUAGUGAGAUUAUGCCACAUGACACAAAACUGCAAGCGGGUUGCAGAAGUGGUAAUGUUAUCUUACAUUAUUUUUUCCUUCUUUUUCGUUUAAAAAAGAUAUGCUAUGGAGAACCAGAUGUGAAUUGUUUCAUUUGUUUCUGUGUGUUUACGGUGGCUAUAAAUCACUGUCCUAGAAUGUAAUGGACAAAACCAUAUUAAUGGUCUAUAAUUCGGGGUGUGGUUUUAAUGAGAAAGGACAGGAUGUAAAUUGCACUAAAUAAGGAAGAAAAAAAAAACACUCUUUUUGAUGUCAGUGACAUUGUAAUUCAACCUACCCUCUGAAUCAGCAGUUUAAAAAAGCUUGGAAUUGAAGGGAUUUAAGCACUGGGACUAAUACAACUAUUUCAGCUAGUCCUUUUACUUUUCAGUGAUCCUGAAACUGUAUAAAGACAAUAAAUUCUAGACUAUAUGAUAGGUACUGCAGAGCAGUAGAUCCACGGCGCUGGCACUACCCUGCUCUGCACAGGGCCGUGCAUCAACAUCAGCGACACGCUUGAAGUCUAACUGGAAGGAGUAACAAGACGGUUACUGUGCGCAGGUUGUUGCAUUAGAGAGAGUUAAGAAAAUCCUCUUACUCUCUCAGAUGAAUGUCUGGGUAUGAUCCACUCAACACCGUGGCUUCUCAGUUACGGGAGAAGUAAUUAGGAAAGUAACUUGCAACACUUAAGACUGUGUCGGCACUUCCACAAUAAAAGUCACAUUUUCCGGGGUUUGUAACUGUGCAAUUAGCUCGCUUUGGUCAGAAACUAAUGCGUGGGGUGUUUCUGGCUAGGUGUUGCAUUUUUCUCACUGCUUUUGAAGAAGAAGGAAGAGCUUCUUCUUCCAUUCCUAAAAGUGUAGAAGAUCUAAACCAAAAAAAAAAAAAAAAAGAAUCAAUAUGGUACUAACUCCCUUGUUACUCAGAAGUCACUUAAUAUUUCACAGCUUCAGCAAAAAGUGUUUUCCCUUGAAAUAUUACCUCAAGACCUUUGCAUACUUUGCAUACUAAAAAAAGAAAAUAACCAAACUUCCACAAUUCAGACAUUUAUUUGCCUUGCCCAAUAAGGACUUUCACAAAUUGUUUAAUAAACUUGUCUUACGUUUUCUGAAUUUAUUCACAUGUAGCACACUUCCACAUGAUGUGCAAGACCAACUGAAAACAUUCUUUUGGAAAUUAAUAGUUUCUUAAAAAAAAGAAAACAAAUAAGACUUAUGCAGAAGCUGGACUGACUGCCAAAAAGCUACAUCAUUUAAACUGGUGACACUUCCCUCAUUCAAUUUUUCAUUUAUUUUUACAGCCUUAAAAUAACAGGAUGGAAAAAGAAUAUGAGAAAAAAACACACAGAAAACUUUAAUGAUACACACACCACAGAAACUCACAUUAAGUUGUUGAUAACCUGAUGGUAUCCUGCUUAACUUCAAGCAGAGAAAUCUUACCAAAAUCCUAUUAGCUAUCUUAAAACCACAACAUCACUGGCAGUGGGAGUAGGAUGUGUGCUUUAGUGUUCAAUAUUAUGCUUUUACCAGUAUAUGUAAACCCUACCUCUCAUGUAUUUUUAAAAAAGUCCUCUGGAGUUAUUGUAAACAUCUUAUAUGUUUUGAUGUUGUGUAUGUUCUUAUGAGAGCAUAAAUACUUCAAGGAAAAAAUCCCCAACCAAACCAAAAAAAUCCUAUGUGGAUGUAUUUGACAUAUGUGUUUCUCUUUCGGUGGGUUAUUUUACAUUUCUGAUGGCUAUAGCGUAUUCUUUUUUGGAAAAAAAAAAAAAAGAAAAAAGAAAAAAGAAAAAAAAAGUCCAGUUUCAAUUACUGUUUGAAGUACAAGCCAUGAGGUGUGCAAUUUUGUGCAAACUGCUGGUAAUUUUGUUCUUGCUAAGAUUUAUUACGAAGACAGCAAGUCAUGCUGGUAGUUGCUAUGGAGAUUUUCAGCAGGAACGAGCACUAACUGGCUGCCUUACUGGGAAGCCUAUAAUCAUCACUCGGAAUUGAGAACGCGGACAGGCAUGCUUUGCUCUCACACACGUACAAAUGUGGCCAAUAUUUUUGUAAAAUAGUUCUGUUAUUUGGUACAGCUGAGGCUGUACGGAACAGCCGCCUUUGCCUGGUAAGCGACUGUCAGCAACUGGCUUCAUUCAAGCAUCUUUGAUUCUCUGAACAGCACACAACAUGUUUCUGUGGGUUGUAAAGGCAGUUUUGGAAGCCCAUCAUGAAAUGCAAAGAGUAGAGGUUGUCAGGAACGAGGAACUGCCUCGGCCAACCGCAGCAAGGAGGGGACUCCUUUGGUGUCAUCGUUCUCCGCUGCGCAGGACGAGCUAGUGACAGACCGGGGCCCGUGCACCCUCUUUUUUCUGAGGCGGCAUCCAUUCAGAGGUCCGAGGAUGCUCCCAAAGUGUGCCAAGUUCCUUUUUUUGACCAAAUUUCUAGGUUGUACUGGAAUCACUCUAUGCAACACAGGUUCAUGUUUGAAUGCAUUUUUUUUUCUUUUUUUCUCGUUUUAUGAAUGAAGUCAGGAAAAACUCUCUUGUGACAAAGUUUUUUAAAAAAUAUUCAAACAAGGACUAUUAGUAUUUUUUUACUUUUUUGUAUAUAUCUCAGUAUAUUUUUUUCACUUUUUUCUCAUUAUUUGUUUUUCAUUUAUCCGGCCAAAAGUGCUUAGAUGUGGCAACAGCUUUUAUCAUUUCUGAAUGAUUAUUAAUGAGUUCACACAUUUCUAAAUUGCUUUGCAUUUCUAAAUUGCAUAUUGCAGGAAGGCAAUAUCAGAGGCAUUUUAACUUUUUUUAUUCAUAAAUCUGCUGAGUCAACAGAGAUUGAAGCUGCUUCUUUGUUCAAGGCCUUGUAUAGUGGAAACAAGCUGAAAAAUGAGCAAAAGCACAGUGUGUGUGUUUACAAAUGACAGGGAUUUCUAAUGUUAUCAUUAUUAUUAUGCAUAUGAUGAGCAGCAAACAGCCACUUUUUUUUUCCAGAUUAAAACUAGACAUGAGAGUUUCUAUGAUGAAUGUUGAGCUAGUUCUUUAUCAUUACGCUUUAAAGGGAUAGUAUCCAGGGGCAAUGAGUGCUGCUUCGUUAUCAUCACCCACAUUUUUACAUUACAUGAAUCCCAUGUGGAAAAAAAACAAAAACCCAACCCAAACCAGCUCAAGUCAAUAACAACCAUUCUGUUGGCUUAAACCGGCUUUAGAUCAAGACUUGGAAAAUAUUUGCGUUACGUUUCUGGAUGCUGGGUGUUUGCAUGGUUAGGCUGUGGGAUAUGGUAGCUGGUAACCAGCUGAUACUGAUUCUUACUUUGAGGAUGAUGUUGAAGAAAAAGAAGACAUCUAUUAUAUUGUAAGCUAGUGUGUGCCCAAUAGAGAUUAUUUAAUUAGCAUUUAGUUUCAUGGAGAUAUCAUAAAGAUGUUAAUAGUAUUUUUUUAACUUAUUAUUUGAAUCAUAACUGACACUAUUUUUAAGUGCUUUAUUUUCAUUGCUACAAUGCUGAAUGUCCCAGAUUCCAUUAUAUGAGUGUAUAUCUAGAUAUGUACAUACCUAUGUGAAUAACAGAGGAAAAUUUGCGGUUCUGUGAGUGUAACUUAAGGUAAUGAAACAGAGAGGAAAUUUAGUGCAAGUAUCCACCUACAUUAUACUUAAACUCUAGUCCUCCAUGCCUUCUGAAUUUUUGGUACACUAGGCAUGUAGGAUCAGUCACUCUUUAUGCAUACAUGUUGCCUUUAGAAGGAAAAUAGAAGGAAUAAGCAAAUCCGGAUACUCUCUCUUUAAAUCAUAAGAAGCAUUUUGAAGUUUUCUGUAUGUUAUGUUUUAUUAUUUUAAAAAAGAUUAAUAAGUAAAUAUAAUGAUGAGCUUGAAAGUUAUAAUAUAUAUAUAGAUAUCCAUAACUCAAAAUAGGUGAUUUGAGAGAAAGACAUUUUCUUAGUUUGUUACCUUGUAAAUAAUUAUACAUUUUUGUAUAACAAACUGAGUUCAAAUUAUUAAUUCCAUCUGGCAUCCAAGCAUGUGAAUGUGUCCUUAUUUGAUUGUAUCUUAAUAGAUGUUCAGUGACGUGCUCAGGUGCUCAGCCAUGACUGACUAGCGUGUGUGCUGUCAUGCUACAGACAACGUGUACAGCAUACCCAAUGUUUAAAAAAAUUCAAAAAUACAAAAAAACACAAAAAACACACAAAAAAAGAUUAGUCCUUGGAGAAAUGUAAUGUUUCCACAGUGAAUGUUGCAUGUGUAGAUGGUGGUUUGUUAAUAUUCAUUUUGGUUUAGAUUUCUUUUAAUUUUUAUUUUAUUUCCAGAUUCUCUCAGAAAAAAAAAAUACAGAUUUAUUCUAAAAGUUGUAAAAACUGAAACAAAAGCAGUAUGAGGACUGUAUAAAAAAUGCUUGUAAAUCUGUCUCAGUUUUCACUUUAUGUAUAAAUCCAUGUCAUGGUUUUGUGAUUGUAUACAGGAUGUAUCUUGAGAACUUAUGCAAAUUGUGCUGUAUAAAGGCUGUUAUCCCAGUCUGGCAAAUAAAUAUUUAAAAUACC